AUAACAGCAUGGAACGUACAUAAAGACGAAAUUAAUAGAUUAGGCAUGGAACGUUUCGCCAACGAAACCGGGCAAGAUCUGAUAGACUUUUAUUCGAACGACUCUUUGAAAAACACGAAUGUGGAAGAUAGCGAAGAGAAUUUGUCCGGUUUUCAUUCAAACAACAGACUUAUACACUUGCAAGACAUCAGUAAUGAACUACAAACCUUAUUGUGGAACCAACCGCCCUCGGCUACGUCGCAACAUCUACCUGGAAAAUUAAGGUUAUGCUUGGGAUUACCUGUAAUGAUUCGAUAUAACAACGCUACUGAAUUAUGUAUAACUAAAGGUCAAGAAGCAUCAGUGUAUGCUUGGCAAUCUACCGUCGGAAAUAAAGGUCAAAGAGUACUAGAUACUCUUUUUGUCAAGCUGACUAACCCACCAACAGACGUCCAUCUAGACGGCUUGCCAUUGAAUGUAGUACCACUCACACCGUCAACCACAGCACUAGAAGUUAACCUACCAUCGAGAGAACGUAUUAUUAUAACCAGAGAACAAAUUGAAGUACUUCCAAACUUCACAAUGACAGACUAUGCGUCUCAGGGCAAGACCAGGCCUUAUAAUGUAGUAGAUGUUGCAAAAUGUAGAUCGCAUCAAGCCCUGUACACAUGUUUAUCACGUAGUUCAACAGCUGCAGGCACUCUGAUACUACAGAAAUGGACAGGGGACAUGACGAUGAAAGUACAAGGUCGAGCAAGCAACGCUCUCAGACAAGAGUUCAGGGAGCUUGAAUUACUAGACAAAAUCACAAAGCUUCGAUAUGAUUCACAACUAAACUCUAGAGUAAUAGGUCUCACACGUUCUGAUUUAAUUAAGUCGUAUAGGAAAGUAAAAGGUAUGCAGUACAUACCUCAUCGCAUACAUUCAUCUAUCAAAUGGGACAAAAACAAUCCUUUCAUCGAAGAGGAUCAUCCGGAUAUCAAAUGGCAUAUCAACCCGCAUGCAUAUAAAAGACUAUGCAAAGAUGAGACUAUGACUAAUUCCUCCCGAAAAAGACAUGCGUCACAUCAAGACUCAGACGAGCACAUACGCAAGAAAUCGCGUGGAAACGAUGAACUUAGACCAAGUUCUCUAUAUUCGCCCGAAGGUUUGAUAUGGAGUAACAACAGCUGUGCGUAUGACGCAUUGUUAAGUAUACUGUACAACGUGUGGAAGCAGGAU